UCGAAUCGUUUGCUAGUUUAUCAUUUUACUAAUCAAAAUUUUUAACCAUAAAAACGUUUUUUUUUUUGAACAAAAUGAAUUUCAAAAUAAGUACAUUUUUGCUAACUUUAUUAUUUGUUUCCACAUUACAACGUGAAGUAGCAUGGGAUUUAUUACAACCAAUGGAAAUGUCUCAUAAUCCAAUGCAUGAUGCUUCAAACAUUGCAAGAGCAGUUCAAGGUAUAAAAGUACAAUCAAGAAUUGUUGGUGGUUUUGAAGCUAGACCAAACAUGUUUCCAUAUCAGGCAGCACUUAACAUAAAUACACCAAAUGGAACUUAUUUUUGCGGUGGUUCAGUGAUAUCAAAAAGAACUAUUCUAACUGCUGCACAUUGUGCUGAAGGAGCAACAGACUUUGUCAUAUUAUUAGGAACAAAUACUCUUAAUGCAGCAACACCCGGUGAAAUGGAGGUAAAAACAAAUACAUCGAUAGUACAUCCAGAUUGGAAUCCUGAUAACCUUACAAAUGAUAUUGCUCUUGUUUUAUUAAACGAAGACAUUACUUUUAGUGAUCAAAUAAAACCAGUUACUUUAGAGUCAAGCUCCAGUCAAAAUGAUAAUAUAGUUAACAUGACAGCAAGAGUUAGUGGAUGGGGGAAAGAUUCCGAUGCUGCCAUAGGUAUUACAAAUAAAUUACGUUAUACAUUUGUUCGAACAACUGAUAGAUCAACUUGUAAAAGGUAUUAUGGUCAAUUUCCACCAAACGAUAUUUGUGUUUCUGGUCGCACGGGAUUAUGGCUUAGGGGUGCAUGUUCGGGAGAUAGUGGAGGUCCUUUAACCAUAAAUAAGAUUCAAGUUGGUAUUGUUUCAUUUGGAGGUCUUUUAUGUCAAGCAGGAAUACCAGGUGGUUAUACAAGAGUCGCUCCAUAUAUAGAUUUCAUUAUGGAAAAUAGUGAUUACCAAGAGUAAAAAAAAAAC